GCGCGGCCCCUUUAAAUUUACCCAGGAGCCCUUAAAGGAGCCCCAGGGGCCCCACAGCGGCGUCCCCACCCCGGCCGGCCCCUGCCCGCCGCCGCCGCCGCCGCUGCCCCGGGCCCCGCCAUGGAGCCCCCGCACCCCCGCCCCGACCCCGACUUUCUCCCGCACCCGGACCGCCCAGCCUCCCCGCCAGAACCGGGACCACGGGGGGGCCGUCGGAGCUCGGACCACUGCGAAGCACGAGCAUCGCGGCCGGGUCGGAGCCGUAUCCCGGGUCGGGAUCACCGUCGGUAUUACCACGAGCGUUGGCGAGCCGAAUACCUGAUGGAAUUCAACGCGGCGCGGCACGGGAUGCUCUGCAUGGUCUGCGGCAGCGCCCUCGCUACCCUCAAGCUCAGCACCAUCAAGCGUCACAUCCGGCAGAAACAUCCUUACUCCGGCGCCUGGGGACCCCGCGAGAAGCAGCUCGUCCUCCGAUCCUGGGACGCCCACCUGGGGCUCCACGCCCACCCCGACGGACCCCCCAACAGCGGCCGCGGGACAGGUUCCCCGUCCCCAUCCCGUCCCUGUCGUCGUGGUUGUCCCCCGUCCCCAAGGGGUGGCAAAGCUUCCCCUUCGGGGAUGUCGGUGACGAGGGGACGUCCGGGAGGUGACUCGUUGCGGGGGUGGCUUCGGGCCGAACUGCUGCUGGAUCUGGAGGCGGGGGGGAACCGUCUGCGGUGCCUCCUCUGCGCCCGCGCGUUGCCGUCGCUGCACCUCGGGGACAUCCGUCGCCACGCGCUGGCCGCCCACCCUGCCACCCUCCGCCUGGGACCCGCCGAGCGCGGGGCGCUCCUCCGCGCCUGCCGGGGAAGGGACGUUGGGGACGACGGCGGUGACAGCGGGAACGAGGGGGUUCUUAACGGGCUGUCCCCGCUCCCCCCAGCCCCGCAGCCCCCCAGCCCCGCCGAGGAGGAGGAGGAGGAGGAGGAAACAGCCGAGGCUGAAGCAGCGGCCGCAGGGGAAGAGGCGGCAGCGGGGGGCACGGGGGGGGCCCCCCCAGGGGGCUGUGGUCACCGCAGCCCCCCCCUCUUCUCCCGGAGCCCUGGAGCCCCCCCAGCCUGCACCGCCUGAGCCCCUGGGGGGGGACACGGGGGGGACACGGGGGGGGGACACCCACACCCCAGGAAGGGGG